AUGGGGAGCGCGGGUACGUCCUUGUUUGGAUCGCUGCAGCAGCUUCAUCCGCAGCUUCCCCCUGGCUUCCGUUUCCACCCCACCGACGAGGAGCUCGUCGUUCACUACCUCAAGAAGAAGGCUGCCUCCGCCCCGCUCCCCGUUGCGAUCAUUGCGGAGGUCGACCUGUACAAGUUCGACCCCUGGGAGCUGCCCGGUAAGCCCAUCCCAGCCGAUCCUUCCGUUCAUAACCUGCGGUUCGACCGCCGUGAUUCGUCUCUCUCUCUCGCUGUCAUACUAUCGAUCGCGUGUAUCGCGAACUCUCCGAUUAUUCUUGCUCUCCGGCUCGUUCCUGGGGCUGACUUUUCGUCCGUCUGCACAGAGAAGGCGACCUUCGGGGAGCAGGAGUGGUAUUUCUUUAGCCCGAGGGACCGAAAGUACCCCAACGGCGCCCGGCCUAACCGCGCGGCUACCUCAGGAUACUGGAAGGCCACGGGGACAGACAAGGCCAUCCUCACCUCCGGGGGUACCCAGAAGGUAGGGGUGAAGAAAGCGCUCGUCUUCUACGGCGGGAGGCCCCCGAAGGGGAUCAAGACCAACUGGAUCAUGCACGAGUACCGACUCGCCGACAGCGGCUCCCCCAAGGCUCCUCUCCCCGGCGACGCGCCGGGGAUCAAGAACAACGGCUCUCUCAGGGUACGUAAUCGCUCCACCUAUUCAACUGAUGGAAAACGAUCCCCCAUAUGGAAGUUCCUCCCCCUUUUGUGCGCACACCCCCCCCGCCCAAAUCCACUCUACGACGUACGGUUGAGAAAUCGAGAGUUUGGAACUCGGCUAGGUGCAUGACGCCAAGAAUAAGCCGGCAGCCCCCAAGAGGCCCUCAAGACUUUUAGCGCAGACAGGCAGACAAGGAAAGACCCGAAUAUUUAUUUCGUUGCUAAUUGAGUUAUUGAUGGUGUCUUCCUGCAUGCUGCGCUGAACAGCUGGACGAUUGGGUACUCUGCCGAAUCUACAAGAAGAACUGCAGCGGAAACCCGAAACUGGUGGAAGGAGAUCGGGAGGAGGACGGCGCCGGGGAGAACAUCUUCAGAGCAUUGCGGCUUCCGCUUCUCUCGCACCACGCCACCUCCAUUUGCCCAAACCAGAUGCUUCUCCAAUCCGAUAAAUACGAUGGCACAGUGGUAAACUACGGCAACCUGCUCGAUAAUGAAGAUAACUUCAUGGAGGGACUGCUCGCCACCGGCGGCAUCCCAACCUACCCCGCGCCACGUCUGACCCUGCAGAGAGACAAACCGGAGCUUUCCCUUCCUCCGGAUUCCACCCGCACGUUGCCACUGAAACGCUGGAAUGAAGCAAGCCUGGUCACGCCGUCGACAAGGAAGAGAUUCCAAAGCGGCAGUAGCAGCAGCGGCGAAAACGAUAACAACGAUGGCCACGGCUGCGUUAGCGGCAAUGAAGGGAACCAUUCGAUGAUGGCGCUGCUGGGCCACAUUCCCCAUCAAUGUGCUCCGCCCUACAACCAUCACCAUCAGAGCGCAGUGCUGCCAGCACUUGGGGAGGGCGUGGUCCGACAGCCACAGCAUUUUCCCGGCUUGAGGUGGGGUCCCUGA